UCAGACAUCAAAUUAUUUAAGAAUAUGAAAAAUUAUCCUUCAGAAGUUGUUGACUUUAUCUUCACAUAUACCAAAAUAUCCAGUGUUCAUGAAAAUUCAGUCAAACAUGCGACGAUGGAAAUGGAAUCAUGAAUGAAAUGCAAUGGGCACCUACCAUUUUGUUCUGGCAUGUUGCCAGAACAAGCCCAUUUCAAAACACCAACACUGUAAGUGUUACCGCCUUACCUGUCCGCACAACCUGGCCCUGCUCCAGCUGCCUCCCCCACAUCACUUUGACGCUCUGCCCAACCAAAUCGUCCAAGUUUGAGCCCUUGGUGUAUCUGAAUGCGAUUCCAUUAACGCUUUGAACAUGUCCUGGCUUAAUGAUAGACCGCUUAGGAGGAAAUUCGGCCCAGCGCACUAGGAGUAACAUGUCGAAGCUAAAAAAAAAUCCGCACACAGCUCCUGCUCUCAAUGCCAAGGCCGUAUAAGCUCAAUGCCGCCACCUCCAAGGCCGUAUCACAAACCGCAAUGAACGGUGGCGCCGGGCGUCCUUGACCCAGUUACCGGAAGACAGCAUGGCGCCGUGGCAUGCGAUAUUUUGGGAAAAUAGUUUUCUUUUUAUUUUGUUGUUCAGGUGCUAAGUUGAUGAAUUUUUCUUUUUAAUUUAAAAUAAAUUUUGAUUUAAAAAUUAAGUCUUAGUUUUGCCCGUAUGCCAAAUAACUUAAAUUUUGAUAUGCUACAAAAUAGAAACUUUUGUUUUUCGAGAAACGCAUGAAAACCAAUGAGCUACGCCUUCGAUUUCUCAAUUCACAUGAAAAUCUGAACCACAUUAAGAGCCAAUAAAAAAAGAUUAAAAAUAAAAAUAUUGGUAGGUAUGCAGCGCUGUUCCGACGCCAUCGCUGUUCCGACGCCACCGGUUUACAUGCAUUGGACGCCAACUAUAUACGAAAACAUACAAUCAUUUUCAACCUACCUUUAAAUACGUCAUAGAUAAUUUUUGAAGGUACUGAUGACAAGGCCAGAAGAACAGCAAAAGUCAGCUUGAUUGAAAGCAAAUCAAUCGUGGCAAAAGCAUACAUUCAGUUGUAGCACAGCUUACAUUCUCAUUGCACAACAUUUACCAGUAGGCUUAUGCAUGAGUGAAAGUAGCGUGUGAUUCUAUGACGUCAUUUUCUACCUGGAAAUUGUCAACUUUAUACGCUUUGUGUACGGAUGACCAUGCAUGUUUCAGCGCAUUGUCCUUACACUUUGACGGACGCACGAACCGAGCAGCUACUAAGCUACGCUGGUUGAUCCGCUUGGUGAACGCUACCAGACUGUAAUAUGUCUGACGUGGAAGUGCUUGAUGAGGGGCUGUCAGCUGAUAGCUGUGACACAUCAUCCAGCUCAUCAUACAAUCAAGCUUCUGAGUUGUCAUCAGCAGCAAGUGAUAUUGCUGAUGACAGUGACAGAUCACUGUCUGAUGUGGAUAGCCAACAAAGCACCUCUGAGCUCUCAUGUGCUGCUAGUAGCGAAGAAGACUUCGAAAACGUCCAGGAGUCAGUUUCACUGGACAACAACGUGCUAGCUCCAGUGGUGGAUGGUACAUCUUCAGAGCCUGGAGAUUUAGCAGAUGCUCUACCCUGUCAGGCAGACAUCCCAGUUGGUCGGCCUUCCCUGAAAAGACGGGUCAAUGAAGAAGUGGAAGAUGAUGAUGGUGCAUCUCAAGUCGCUUCAAACUGCUCCGGAAAGGAUGCUAACUGCAGUGACGCACCACAUAUAAGUUCAGAGGAGCUGGUGAGCCUGGUGUUAAGUUUUGGCCUCCGACAUGGUUUGUCAAAUUCGGCCAUGACGGAUCUAGUGGAACUGAUGAAUGUCAUAUCCAGUUCGUCGUGCGAAAUGCCUCCCACGAGAUACCUCAUGAUGAAGAGUAUCGCCAGCCGGCACGAGCGAAGGUCAUUCCAUUAUUACUGUAUAAAUGAGAAGUGCAGAGCAUAUGUUAAAGCUGACCAGGAAAUGUGUGACUACUGCGGGACGCCUUUUUCGAUGAAGGAGGCAAAAAAAGAAGGACAUUUUUUUAUUCACCUUUCACUAGCAGACCAGCUGCGCGAUUUGUUGGAGACGGGAUACAUUUCCAAAAACCUAUUGAGAAAUGAAAGGCAGAGAUCUCGCAUAUCUGAUAUUGUCGAUGGGGAGCUAUACAAGAAGCACUCUUUGCUGGGAAAGGGAGAUCUUUCAGCUCUGUCCAUCAGUUGGAAUUUUGAUGGCCUUCUAGUGCAUGAAACCUCUGGUGCAUCCGCGUGGCCCGUUUUGGCUACUGUUAAUGAACUCAGGCCUGAGGUCAGGAAGGACCAAAUGCUUAUGUGUGGCAUUUGGUAUGGCAGGUCCAAGCCUCUCUGGUCAACCAUGUGUCAGCCUUUUGUAGAUGAACUGACCUCUCUUAGCACGCAUGGCUUGAACUGGGUGCACCCAACGGACGGUACGAAAGUCACAAAGGUGAUUCCGCUGAUGACGAUGUGCGACUCGCCAGCGAGAUGCAUGGUGCAAGCGAUUCACCAAUUCAACGGUGAAUACGGAUGCACAUGGUGCCUGCAGGCCGGCACCAGGGUAGCAACUGGACAUGGGUUUUGUCGUGCUUAUCCGUACGAGGAAGACGUUCCCCAACGCACCAAUCAAAGCCUCAUCAGACAUGGGCAACGAGCAUUGACCUCUAUGGAUAAGCACUACAAAGGCGUAACUUCGGUCUCUCCGCUCCACCUACUUCCGCCUUGUGUUGAGCUGGACCUAGUCAAUGGUUUUCCUGUGGACUACAUGCAUUGUGUCCUCUUGGGGGUGACUAGGCAGCUGUUUUGCCUAUGGUUCGAGCCAAACGACCAGUCCUUCUGCACGUUAGGCGGCACGGGCGGACAUCGAUAGCAGCGCCUCUAUCGGUCACUAGGGAAAGCUGGGCUGUAGGCGACGAAAUACCGGCUGAGUUAUCACAAGUUAAAUAGGUUUAUAGACAUCCGUCUUGUGAAAAAGUUGAACUUUUGCCUUCAAUAUUUCUACAGGCAAUUUUAGAAGUGCCUUCACAUAGAUUACAAAACCGUUUAAAUUAUUUUAUUCACUUCAAGCCUUCCCUAUUGUUCUUGAUGAUGCGGGAACUAUUUCUAAUUAGUGUUUCUAGCUUAGUAAAAGAACAUAUUGUGCAAACGAUGAAAAAAUCAUAAAUGGAAGAUUUUAAAUGCAAUUUUCUGUAACAAAUAAUGGUAAAUUCUCUACACAUCAAGGAAAAGGUGCAUGCUAACUGAUAAUUUAAAGUUCUUGGGGCCAGUUGGUUUCUUCUUUUC